CUCCGCUUUUUAUGAGUGGUCAAAGAGCCCUACUACUCAUCACGAAAAUUCCGUAGUUCGUCUCGCACGAUAGAGACACGAUCACAGAAUAUACUAACGAAAGACACGAUUAAAGACAAAGACUAAACGAUUGUUCGCCGGAUUUCUAUGGAUCGCGGGAUGUUCGUUAAAACAAUUUUUGCAGCCAUUUGUGAAAUUAUUUGAAAAUUUACACCUGUGAAGUGUGAAAAUAGCUGUUUCUUUUCGCAUUUUAAGGAUCAUUUCAAACAUAUUUCAAAUUCAAAUUAUAUUAACAUGCAACUACAUGCAACCAAUAAAACACCUCAACUAAAAAUGACGCCAUCCUUAUGUUGUUUUUUCCAUCAUAGUGAUGGCAACGUUGAUGCACCGUUAGCAGCUUGAAAAAAUCGAUGGAAUCGGGUGACUUCAGUUGACAGUUCAAUAAAACACCAGCGUAGUGCCAUUUUGUUUUCCGUAUCUGCCUCUGCCUUUGUUAACCUAAACAUGAACCUAAACCUAAAUUUUGUUAUUUUAUUGCCAAAUUCAAAAAGUCCGGUUGUAAAUAAAUAUGAAUACAAAGAGAAAAAUACAGGAACUUGCUUCUGCAGUGAUAGCAAGGAAGAUUCUGAAAACAAGCCAUAGAAGCGAAUCAAGUUCUUCUGAAAUAUCUUCAGAUUCCGACGAAGAAUUUAAUGAGGAGAAAUCCAAAAAGACAAGAUCAUUUAUUACCCUUAGUAAUUUCUACUCUGAUAUGGAUUUUAAAAGCCACUUUAGAAUUAGCAGGUCAACUCUUGAGAUAAUUUUAAAACGAAUUUUGCCACAUUAUAAACCAGUCUAUGCAUCAAAGGGAAGAAAUCGAAUACCAUGCAGAACUGCUAUACUCUUUAGCAUUUGGAUUAUUGCAAAUUGUGAGAGUUUUCGAGGUGUCUCAGAUCGGUUUGGCUUAGAGAGGGGACAUGGCCAUAGAAUUUUCAUUUAUAUUUGCCAACUGUUUGAUUCAAAACUAAAAGAAGAAUGCAUCCAAUGGCCUAGAGGACAGGUAAUAGAAGAGAAGGUGGCAGAAUUUGAUCAAAUUCGAGUUAAUGGUAUACAUGGAGUCGUUGGAUGUAUCGAUGGUACUCAUAUAAGAAUCUCUGCUCCUUCUCGAGGUGACAAUUCAUACUAUAACAGGAAGGGUUUUCACUCAGUUUUACUACAAGUUGUUUGUGACGCAAGGAAAAAAUUCUUAGACGUUUUUUGUGGCUGGCCUGGGUCAUCAAAUGAUGCAAGAAUGUGGGCAAAUUCACCACUUGCUAAAUAUCUAGGAAAUGAACCUUGUCCUUUACCAGAAAAUUAUCACUUACUGGGAGACUCGGCAUACCCAUUAGAGACAUAUCUUUUAUGUCCAUAUAAAGAUAAUGGACACCUAAGUCAAAAACAAAAACUUUUUAAUAAAAAGCUUUGCAGUACAAGAGUUAUAAUUGAACAGGCUAUUGGUCUCCUAAAAGGAAGAUGGAGAAGACUCCAAAAUUUAGAUAUUAAACAGGUCAGAAAAGCAAAAUACUACAUUCUAUUUGCAUGUAUUUUACAUAAUAUAGCAAUAGAAUAUAACGAUUUCAUUGAAUGUGAGUUUAACCAACAAAUUGAUCAGCCACUUGAACAAUUUUUUCAUGAAACACCUCGAAAUACAAGACUUGUUGCAGCACAGCGAAAGAGAGAAGCAAUUAUGAAUUUAUUAUAAUUAGUUCCAACAGUUACAUUUUAAUAGGCAUAUUUGUACUUGAUAGAUUUAGCUUUAGUUUUGGGUAUUUCUUUUAUGUGAUUCUAUCGAUUUAAUUUAAUAGGUUUAUAUAAAUGUUACCGUGUUCUAAUA